AUAAAAAAUUUCGGUUACCUGACUCUGCCGCGCCUUAUCACUCAGUUUAUUAUUUUUAGUUUUUUUUUUAUAUCGAAAUCUUAAAAUGCUUCGGAAAUGCUGCUAUUGCAUUGAGUUGCGCAAGGCCUGCAUAGUUAUCUCCAUUAUUGACUUCAUCUUCAAUAUUGCUAUACUCAGUAUUCCAGACAUCUUUAACAAUCAGAUCGAGCGGGCGGUGGCCAUUUGCCACUGCAUCGGAUGCUUUUUCCUGUUGGGCGGGGCUUUGAUGAAAGCGACCGUCCUGCUGAUCUUCUAUCUUAUCACGAGCUUGACCAACACCGUUAUCCUGACCAUUUACGUCAUCGUCCUGGUGGUGAAUGAGGCAAUGAUCCGAAUGACCGUUGUUCCAGUCUGCUCCGUGUAUGUAUGCGUUGAGAUUUAUUUCUGGAUCGUCGUCUACUCGUAUUAUGUUAAAGUGAGGACACCUGCUGUGGUCGACGAAGUCUGAGCUCCGAAUUGAUAUCGAUUCGAAUUUAGCCUUGGACACACAUUUUCCAAAGGCUAGGACAAUGGUAUUCGAACUACUCGAAACCCUUUUCAAGUGGCUCAAAUCCUAAUGUGCUUGUCUUUGGUAAAUCAGUUAGCCACUUUACUUAAAUUCCGAAGGUAUUUACAAUCAAUUACAAUCAAAUAUUUUA